GACCACCUGCGCUGUUUUGACCAAUAAUGGUGAGUGGCCUGGACCAUAAAUGCCAGGGCCAUUUUUUUGGUCCCAGACCAGACCUGAGUACAAAACAACAAUUUUAAUGCAAUUCAAUUUUCAUUUACAACUUACAACAAUGGUAGUCUCAAGUGUUGCAGACUUUAUUAUCUACAGCAAAAUCCAACUUAGUGGUGUGUGCUUCAAACUCAUUAGCUGAUGUAUGGUUUGGAGACAGUGGCACUAACAGAAAGACAGGAGGCAGAGCUGCAGGUGGGAGUGUUAAAGGUUUUCAUUGAGAGUGACCUGAAUGGACAGGAUUUAAAAUGAGUAUAUCAGAGGGACAGCUCUGGUUUUGAGUGGUUUUGAGACAAAGUUAGAGAGCCGAGGUUGAGAUGGUUUAGACAUAUAGAAAGGAGAGUUCGUUUUUAACACAUAUACCCUUUUGGAAAAUUGUUGAGACCGAUGAAUUAAUACAGACAAAAUUGAGACACCAGCUAAAUGAUUAUGUCAGAGUGAAAUAAAUUCUACAUUGUACCGGGAUGCUUGAUGAGGAUGUUGAGAAUAAUUUUGUUGAUUGAUACCGGUAAUAGAAGUGUUACUGUCAUGUAAUCCCUAUGGCACAUGUGGAAGCGGAUCCCUGCAAGGCCAUAAUUAAAUUUAUUUUUUCUGUUUAUAGGUAAUGACGGUUUGUGCAUAAUGCAGGUUGUGGAACAAUCAGGUGGCUGAUUUUAUUGUACAGCUGUGAAAGAUUGGGACAAAAAUAUUUUGUGUAAAGAAAUUUAACAAGUAUUUACUAUGUUUGAUAAAUGUAUUGCCACUACAGAGAAAUUUUUAGUAUGUUCAGUAUGGGCUGGGCACUUUUACGUACAUGACAGAAUAACUGCCUUACUUACUGUGGUGCAAUUCACAGUUUUAAGGGGCUCUUUUUUAUUUUCAUAGUACCUCAUGUGAGACAGCAUAAAUAAUAAGGCAACAUACUAAUCAAUCUUUUGGUGUGAGGCGAAGAAAGAAGCCUGUAAAACCAACGCAUGACAACUUGACGGGGAUAGAAAACCAUGACUUUGAAUAAAUAAAUGAUGGAAGCAAAUACCAAAUACAAAUACAUUCUUAGGCAUGUUACAUUAACUUUUAAUAACCACAUUGUCACUAAGGAUUAAUAUUACUUUACUGGAUUGUUUCACGAGCAAAAGAGGGAACAGGCAAGCUGCCAUAAGGAUAUGGAUAAACAACAACAGGGUUCUAUGUUACAGUACUCUGUAUUGACCUUCACGGUUAUUUCCUCAGUACUGAUAAUGUGUAUAGAUUGAUUAUGGAGUGACAGAGGCCUGUAAGUCUGAUUCAGUGUUUUCUCACAAAUGUCCUAAUGCAUACACUCAGGCCUGAGAUCUUAGGCAAUUGGCCAAAACAACAUCCAGAGUCAUCGCUUUCUUUAAAGUGAAGUGAUCUUACUGAAUAGACUUAUGGGCAGACAUUCAAUCUGCUUCCUUAAGCAACUAAAGACCAUCUCAGUGAUUGCUUACUCAGUAAUGCUGCCAAAGUCUUUGCAUCCUUGGAUGGACAAUUAAAUUAAGCUUUAUAAGUAAAUGAAGUUUUUUUCUACUACCUGUGGGUAAUUCAUGUUAUAGAAAAGCAGUUCAUGUUGGUGCAUAAUAAUGACAAAAAGAAAGACCUGGGAAACAGUUUGUGAUUUAAACUUGAAACAGUUAAAUGUUUAUUAGUUUAUUUCCACAUAAAUGUGCAUUCUUAGAUUUAAGCUGCUCUGAACUUAAGAGGUAUUUGCAGAGACUGAUUAGAAUUAUAUCUAUAAGUGAAAUAAGCAACGUAUGAGAACUUGACCUGUCAAAGUGUCUUUGUUUAUAUAAAACUCUCUUUUGAAACAAAUGAUAAGCAUUCCAGGUGUUUUCUUUAUUAAUUUCUGCAGUAUAAUAGAUAUACUAUCAAGUUAGUUUUCUUGUUAGCCAGAUUUCGGUUACUAAUGUUGACUAGUAAUAAUUUCUGUGUCAGCAAACUUUGUGACUAAUGCUAACUGAAUGCUCACACAAUGUCACUGGUGAGUUGCAAUGUUGAUCCUGGACCAAUGAAGAUGUAGGAACAAUACAAACACAGGGAUAUCAGAUCGUCCGUAUUUAUUUGUAUGCUAGCAAUAAUUUCCACCUAUACAGUCUAUGAAUGCCCUUUGCUAAGCUGGCUAAAAUAAGCUGAUAAUGUAGCACUCCACACCGUGAUCCAAAGUGGGUCAAAGGCAUGCCAGGUAGGCUUUAUGCCAGUGUGCCAACACAUGAAAAGCCAGAACUACAGACAAGACAUUUCAGGCAUUGCUGCAGUAGUAUUUUCUGUAAAACUUUCCUACUCUCUUAUAUUUUCAGUUAAAAGGCAAAGGCAUAUUUUUAUAGAAUAAGGUUUGUUGAAUUUUGCAUUUGGCAUUUUGUUUUUGUACUAUUUUCAAACUGUGCUUUUUAGAGGAUUUUUAUUACAUUAUUACAUUACAAAGCACUUCAGCUUUGGUUGUAGGCUGAUAUAUGUAAAUCAUUUUACAGUACCAUAUUGUACCACUUCAUUUAUAAAGCACUUUUAGAAAACAACAAGAGGGGUGACCAAAAAACUGAAAGGGUAAGAGAUGCAGAAAAACAAAAGAGCUGUAGAAGUUAAACAAUAUAAUAGUACAUAAAAAGUAUCUCAGAAUAACAGUUAAUAUCUCUCACUGGGUCAAAGGUCAGGGAGUAAAACUGUGUUUUUUUUUAACAAAAUUUGGAGAGUGAGAGAAUGAGAGUGACAUAUGGGUACAGCAGUUCAGACAGAUACAGAACUGUUACGAGGCUUUAAAACAAAUAAAUGGAUUUUAAAGUGGAUUUGUGAACAAACUGGAUGCCAGUGAAGGAAAGCUAAAAUUGGAGUGAUGUGUGAUCGCUUGUUUGCACCAGAUAAAUACUGAGUGGCAGUUUUUUUGCACUAGCUCUAGGUGAGCAAUACAGGGGUGGCUAAUUCAGAUAAAAACUGCACUGCAGCAAUAGAGUCAAGACAUUAUGAAAGCAUGCCUUAAUGUUUCAAGGUAUGUUUCGACAUAAGACCCUUAAUUUUUGACAGGAGCCUCAACUGGAAAAAGCAGGAUUUUACCACUAUACAAGAUAAGAUAAAAUGAGUUCUAAUGCAGAGCCAUCUUGAGGUUAAAGCUCACUAUUAUUAACGCCCUUAUGACAAUAUUUCCUGCCAGUUAUUACAAACCACAGUUCCUCUCAAAAACCGCAAACACACACAGUCACACAGAUACACACUUAAUGCAAGUGAAACUCUUGCUGCAGGAUGCUGCAGGAAUCAAAGUCCCUCCCCUUGAUUUUAUGACUUGUGAGAGAGUGAGUUGGUGAGAGCGAGAGAGUAGAGGACGUAGAAGAGUGGUGAUGCAGGGUAUCCAGUCCUGUCCAGAGCUUGAAUGACAUUCUGAGGUUCAGUUCUUCACCAUGCCACCAUGAGCAUAAGCUCCACUCACUGUGAAAAUGGCGCAAAUAGGAAAUUCCUCCAGUCAGGUAAGGAACAUACAUAAUGAUAAAUGGAAAGAAGUCUGAACUAAAUGUAUUUUUUUACAAUAUGAGUUAAGAUAAGUGGGAUCUGUGAAGUGUAAUAAUGACUUCCUGUCCUGUCCAACCUCACGAGCACAUGGAUAUGAUGUACAUCUCCAUUGAGACCACUAUUGCUCUGGCCUCUGUGGUGGGGAAUGUACUGGUGGUGCUGGUGGUGUAUGAAAACCGGGCUCUCCGCAGCGCAACCUUCUGCUUCAUUGUGUCUCUGGCCAUGGCUGACAUCGCUGUGGGACUUUUGGUCAUCCCUCUAGCUAUUGUUAUCAGUGUGGGAUAUUACACUCAGUUCUACACAUGCCUCUUCCUGUCUUGCCUGAUUCUGAUGAUCACCCAGAGCUCCAUCUUUUCCCUACUGGCAAUAGCCAUCGACAGAUAUCUGCGAGUCAAAAUUCCUACCAGGUACAGCAUCAUAGUGACUAAUGGGCGAGCGUUCAUGGCAAGUUGUCUCUGUUGGAUUCUUUCCUUCCUCACUGGAUUGGUUCCGAUGACUGGCUGGAAUAACCAGGAUACCAUAAACCGCAGCAACUCCAGUGAGAUAUGCUGCCAAUUCACCGCUGUUAUAAGGAUGGACUAUAUGGUAUACUUUAAUUUCUUUGUCUGUGUGGCACCACCACUGCUGAUAAUGAUCACUCUGUAUGUGGAGAUCUUUAGGGUCAUACGGAAGCAACUUAACCGCCGUGCUGAGGCCACCUGUGAUGGAGACAAGUACUUCCGGAAGGAGCUGAAACUAGCCAAAUCGUUGGCCUUGGUGGUGUUUCUCUUUGCUUUGUGCUGGCUCCCAAUACAUAUCAUGAACUGCGUCACUUUAUUUUGCCCAAAUUGUAUCAAUCCGAUAGCCUCAAAGGUAGGGAUUUUCAUGUCCCAUGUAAACUCGGCUCUUAACCCGCUGGUUUAUGCAUUCAAGAUGAAGCAUUUCCGUGCCACACUCAUCCAGAUCAUUCGCCGUUGCAUGUUAUGUAAACCCGUAGAAGCAACCGCAUACCCUACAAGCACAGUAGUCCUAAGUUAGAGAGUGAAUGUAAGUGUAUAAAAAGGACUGCAAUAUUUCUGUGUUCUUGGCUUCCAGUGAUGGUGUAUCAACAGUACUAAUGGGAUUAUAUGAUAUAUGGAACUGAUAAGGAAAAUAAACCCAUUAGCUGGAAUAACACAGCACUUCACUGAGUCUUGGGAAACACCCAUAUCUUAACCAUUUACAUUUCUGUGACUUUCAUUAUAGUAAACCAAGGUUGCAGUGAGAGGAAAGAAAAUUAUAUCUUCAUCAGUCUGACUUUUGAUUUGUUUUGUUUUUGUUAUUAAGUUCUUUCCUUAUUGAUUCAUAUUGAAUUUUUAAAUCAUUGUAAUGUGCUGUAGAUAAACACCAUAAAUCAUACAUUAAAUAUUUCAUGCUCAGAAUGCUUCAAAGUGGAAACAAGAGAUGUCUUUCCUGUUUUAACAAAAUACAUUCUACUCAGUGAGAUGUUGCAGGUAUGUCUUAGACAUCACCAAAGUUAUUAUAUUUCAAGGACAUUAUCCAUGUUUGUGCAAAAGCCAGUGGCAUUCCAUAGUGGGCGAAAUAUUGCAAUAUGUGCCAAAGUGGUCGACUGACUUAUAAAUGAGAUUAGAUUCAUUGCAAAGAUUGAAUUUGGAAAACCACAUACUAGAUGCUUGAUGAGUCACAUGAACACAAUCAGAAGAGUGAAGAGAUUUACUGGCAUAAUAUCAAUACAGAGUGCAGUUUGUUCUCUGGGUUUCACAUAAACAGUUCAAUAUAUGCUGAGAUGAAAAGCCUCUGCCUUGAAUGCAAAUUAAUCAAUUCAGGCACUACACCAAAUGAGACAAAAACUCUGCCGACAUCAAAGCCUUUCAGCCGUAAGUCUUUAUCACAGGAUGCAGGGACUUCCUCAGCGAAUUCACAUAGUUGAGGCCAUAUUUCAUAAGCUGUGGCAGAAUGGUGAAAAGGCUCUGGCGCAUUUAAAGAAAUUAACAACAGAGCAUUAUGCUCAAGUGAUUUAUUCCAACUCCAAGGCUAAAGCUUCUGCUAAAGCCGCAUCAGUUCUGCAUCGUCAUCAGUUUGACCUCAGGACUACAUCCACUCAGUACUUAAUACAUAAAAGCGGUAUAAUCCUUUUAGAAUAUUAAAUGAUUGUCCAUUUGAUAUGCUCAGAACAACUGGCUUUGUGUUAAAACAAUGGGGUUCAAAAAGGUAUUUAAUUAUCGCUCUUUCUCUGCCUCUCAAUCACAAACACGUCAAUAUGUACUAUAUAUUACCAUCUCUAACCUUCAUCCUCGCUGAGGGAUUUGAAACUGCUGAGUGUGGUCUAAUCCCCAGCACUCAUCUUAGAGAAGCAGGUACCGCAUAACCAACCUGGCAUUUACUGCCUUUGCACCACACAGCCCUGUGAGGACUGGCCUAACAAUAUCUACAGUAGAGAGGUAAAAGCAUGGUGUAAGUAGGAAGUGUCUAUCGUGACUUCAUCAUACAGAAACUGAAAUCUUCUCAAGCAGCAACAGAAUUUUGCAUGUCCAACCAACUAUAAGAUGGCUGACACUCAUAGAGAAGGAGAAGAACAAGGUGAAGAACAAGAUCUGGAGGCUCCAGAAGAAGAGAUGGAUGACGAACAUAAUACCUUGCUACACUUUAGCAAAUACCGUGAAGCUCAGUUUGCAAAACCGUGGGAGCAGUGGACCUUCAGAGAUAAAGCAAACUAUUACAUGGACCGCAUCUUCCUUGGGUUUUUGGUCACUUUUUUGGUCAUUUUUAUUGGAGAGUGUGGCUAUAAAAUCUGGUACGUGACAAACGUGAAUGCGAUUGUGGAGUUUGUUUCAGAUUCGGUGGUCUUUUUGUUCGAUUGGCUCUUCACGCAGGACAGACAGGAGCAGGUGGCUGAACUAUAGGCUGCAAUGAAAGGAUUACUUGAUUUUGUCUUUUUUUGUGUGUAUUUUCUGCAAUGUUUAAAACACAAAAGAUCACUAGAUAAUUUGUCUACAUCUUAGCAAAGAAUUUUUGUAAUAUUACCAGUACCUGAGCACUAUUUCUGAUCAUUUUUGAUGGAAGUAAACAUAUUGAAUGAGCUGUCUCACUGUCAUGCACUUCAAUGAUUUGUACCAUGUGUUUUUUCCCCCCCAAACUAACUAUGUAAUAAAAAAAAAAAAUUAACUUCAGCUAUGAUUUAUGAAUGACAGCUGUUAUAACUAUGUUAUUUUCUGUUAUGGGCUAAUUAAUAUGUUAAUAUGUUUUAAAGUAGGAACACUGAAACAUGCAGUGUAAAUGCUUCAAAGAGUGCUGUAAAGCUAAUUUAAAGGA